AUGGCUCGUCUUCUCCAUGCCUACACAGGCUGCCCGAAGACUGGCCUUCAGUUUCUCGUCCUCCCCCGCGAGACGCUGCUCCUCUACCCCUCUGUGGACUGCAUAGUCGUGCUUAAUUCCCGCACAUUUGCAUUCCUCCGCGCCCUCGCUUUCUGGGAGGCCUUCCCCGGCGCACGACUCUCCAACGACUCUGUUCGAUGUCUCGCUAUAGAUCCUGGCAUGAAGCUUGCCGUGGCUUCCAUGGGCUACCGCAUUGCCGCUUGGGUCCUGUCUGCCUCGGGUUCGACCUCGAACCAGCCGCAGGAUGCAUGGAGGCUACACUCGACACUUGUUAUACCGGAUAACCAGGAGGUUACAGCGCUAGACUGUAAAUCAGGUCUCCUUGCUGUUGGGACGUGUUCUAAUCUAUCUGUGUACACCCUCAUCCUCGAGAACGACAUCCCCACUUGGUCGCGCAAAUGGACGCGAACCACAAAAACACCCACGCGCAUACGCUUCUCCCCUUCCCUCAUGUACAUUGCAACUAUCUCCGCGCACGCCGUUCAUCUGCACUCCACCACCUCAGGUCGCCAAACGCAGUCCAUCCCGCAUCCGCGCCCCCUCACCGACCUUUCCUGGCGGCGCCCGCGCCUCUCUUCGCAUCCGACCGCGCACGUCCACAACGAUGACCCUAUCCUGUAUACCACGACCGCGGACGGGACGCUUCGUGUGUUCCUCCCCGUGCUCGACGCCCCGCAACGCGUGCAGUUGCACGCUGCAUUGGAUGCCGCAUCGGCGGUGCCGUUGUAUGCUGGGGGUGGGGAAAAGGACAAGGCAGUACAGGACACUGAUCGCUCGUCCAGUGUGUUCCCGCUUGACCGCGACGCAAUGCUGGGCGUGCUGCAGAUGGUGAAAGAGAGCGGGGCCGCGGAGGACGCGCGCAGCAGGCGUGUACGCGAGAUCGCAGAGGAGGGCUGGGAUUUAUUCCUGCGCGUGCUCGCAGACGGCUCGCUCGUGGUGCAGGCUGUUGCUAAUAUCGAUCGCCGCCCACCCACGCUCCUCAGGCACUUUACCUUGCUCCAGUCCGCUCCAGGCCUCCUCCAGUCUCCUCCGCCGGCGCAUCUCUACGUGCUUCCAUCCUCACCCGCUCAUAGCCCAGCCGUCGGCAUAAGCACGCUAACACUUAUCACAUCCCCGCCGCUCGCGUCGUAUGCACUCGCGCCCCUACCCUUUUUCGACGCACGUGCAGACGGGCUCACCCUGCUCGCGCAUGGGGCAGACCCGCCAGCCGCACUGACCGCCGAUGUGCGCAAUGCGGGGCGGCGGGAGCUGCUGCGCUUCGUUCGAACGCCGGAGGGAGAGGGCGUUACGGCAUUAUAUGCGGACGGGAGCGGGCAGACCUGGCGCGUGCUCACGGGCGGGCGUGGACGGGAGAUGACACUGGAGCGGAGAGGCGGAUGGGGGCCAGCAGAUGACCCAGACGCGAAGGUGGACCGUGUUGUCGUACUAGACAGAGGUAGAGCCUUCGUGACGUACUCGUCCGCAUCCAGCUGCUUGACCUUACACACGACGCCGCCCUGCACGCUGACCGUCCCCCCGCUCGUAUCCCUCUUUUCGCUCACGUCUCCCUCAUCGUCCGCUCUUCCCCCAUAUCCCGCUCCCGCUUCUUCCGCGACUUUAGUCGGGGUUGGUGCCGACCAUAGUAUCUACGUCUACACUACAACCCUGGCGCCCUCGCCUGCGCUUUGUUUACAGUCCCACAGCUCCCUCCCUCUGUCUACGCCGCCAGAGAUCAUAGUGCCUGUGGACCCUAUGGCCUGGAGCGGCUCUUACGCGAGCGGGGCGGGUGUGGAGGCACAUGAUGUGCUUCUCAGCAUUUCUGCGGAUGGCGAACUGGCGUUCUGGGUGCUUGAAGGCCUGCCACAGAGCGCUGCACUUGGCACCAAUGGACAUACCAAAAGCAAGGCCAGUGAUAAGAUAGCGACAUGGCGGUGUACUGGACGUGUGAGGACCGGAAAGAAGGGUUUCAGCCGGGCAGUAUGCAGCUCGGCAAAGAAGUCAGUGUUGGUGGUUCCCGGGCCGGAUGGCGAGGAGCUGACAAUAUGGGACUCGAAGAUGUCCGAGUUCUCCUCGGGUUUGGAGUACCGUGAGGUACUCAGCCUCUCUGAUCCCGUCAACGAUCUCGACUGGACCGCAACGCCGGACUCGCAGUCCAUUCUUGCAGUAGGCUUCGCGCAUCGCGUAGAGCUUCUCUGUCAACAACGGAUGACAUACUUUGAUGAGACCCCUGGCUGGGGUCGGUGUUGGACAAUUGACGUCGGAAGGAUGUUCCCGCAUCCGAUAGGCGAUUCAAUCUGGCUUGCGCGCGGGUCGUUGCUCAUUGGAACGGGUCAUUUAUUAUUUCUGUAUGGUCAGUCACAGACAACGGCGGACUCCUCGUCAGAAGAGCCGCUAUUUGAGCAUGUCGCGCGGCAUAAUGGCCCUCUGGACGAUUAUCACCCGCAGAUGCUGCUGCAAUGUCUGCUCUGGGAGAAAGUGGAACUGGUCAAGAAGGUUAUCGUCGAGCUCGCCAAGCUCGUUGAAGACAGGAGAAGCCUGCACAAAUGGAAGAAUAUUCCUAUCAACGAGUACUAUAAGAAGGACGAAGCGGCGAGAGCACCAAAAUACUCCCUACUGUUCAGCAUGCCAGACCUGGAGGAAGAGACAGACGAGGACCAGUUUUCUCGGUCCCGCGUGGAGCAACUCCUGGGACAUCUUGAAGAGCAACCUCUUCCACAUCUGACACCGAACGAACACGCUUCCUUGCUGGUGCUCAUUCAAACGACUCUCGAGAUCGAAGAGCAGCGGCGUGCCCUGGACGCGAAUGGUCUUAGAUAUCUGAUUUCGAUGCGUGUGUUCUAUAUCACCAACCGACGGCUCUCUGCUCCAAGUACCCCCGCAUCCGCGCGCAGCGGUGCCGUAUCACGAACGAUUAAGCCGCGACAACGCCUUCGAUAUCGCGACAUCGUUUGGGCGUUCCACAGCGAAAGCCAAGAGCUUCUGCUCUCGACGUCCAUGGCUGCGUGUGGCGGCAAGAUGACUUGGCCAGAUGCACGCGCCUUAGGCGUUUUCCUAUGGAUGCAUCCUGGCGAAUCCAUGCGGGCGCAUAUGGAAGUCAUUGCGCGCAAUCAGUAUAUGGCAGGUGAUAACCGCGACCCGACAGCUUGCAGUCUCUUCUACUUCGCUCUUGGCAAGAUCAAGCUCGUGUAUGGUCUCUGGCGGCAGGCAGCAUGGCACAAAGAGCACGCCCAGAUGCUCAAGUUUCUCAAUAAUGACUUCACUCAACCGCGGUGGCGGACAGCUGCACAGAAGAAUGCGUUCGCACUCUUGAGCAAACGCCGGUUUGAAUAUGCCGCGGCCUUCUUCCUACUCGGGGGCAGCUUGAAGGAUGCGGUCAACGUGUGCAUUAAGAAUCUCAAUGACUUCCAGCUCGCUGUUGCACUUGCACGAGUGGUCGAAGGCGAUGAGGGUCCCAUCUUGCGAGACAUGCUGAAUAACACUAUUCUGCCUCUUGCAUUCAAAGAGGGCAAUCGUUGGUUAGCUAGCUGGGCGUUCUGGCUACUGCACCGGCGUGACCUUGCAGUCCGGAUUCUAGUGACUCCUCUGCGCGAUGUCGCUAGUAGCUUUAAUGCACCUGUCACAGAGAUCGGUGAACCUCAUUACGACGACCCGAGCCUAGCCCUGCUGUUCUCACAGCUGAAGCUGCGUAGCUUGCAGACCGCGAAGGGAACAAGCGAGAUCUCUGGCAGAACAGAGUUCAACUUUGUUCUUCAAAUCGCGCGUGUCUUCUGCAGAAUGGGUUGCCCCGUAUUGGCCCUAGACUUAGUACGGACGUGGUCUUUCCAGCGGCCUUCCGUAGUGAUCCCGGAUGCCAGACCAGCCGCGCGGCCACCAAGCCCGAUAUCGACACGCUUCGCUCUUGAGCCAGCUCUUCGUCGUAGAUCGUCGAUCAUGAUUGACAUGGAUCCCGCAUCUGGACCUCCGACACGGGUCGUAUCGCCCGCUCCUGCUGCGAAUGGGACAGCCGCAACGUCCGAGGAGCCCCUCAAGGAAGACGAGGGAGACCUAGUUGCACGAAAAGCUGGCCUGGGUAGCUUGAUGCAGUCGGCAAAACAGACGGUCAAUGUACCAGAAUUCGACAUGGGUGCAUUCUUUUGAUCACCACGACCCUCGUGCA